AUGCCCAAAUAUGCCAAAUUCAUGAAAGAUGUGCUUUCUAAGAAAAGGAGGUUCAUUGAGUUUGAGACAGUUGCUCUCACCAAGAGUUCUACAGAUAUCAUUAAGCAACUACCUCAAAAGAUGAAAGAUCCGGGUAGCUUUUCGAAUCCAUGUCAUAUUGGAAGCAAGUUUUUGGGUAAGGCACUUUGUGAUCUUAAAGCUAGUGUCAAUUUGAUGCCUCUUUCUAUUUUCAACAAUUUGGAGUUGGGUGAGGCUAGACCAACCACAGUAGAUAAGUUUAUUCUUCCAGCAGAUUUCAUUGUUCUUGAUUGUGAGGUGGAUAGAGAAAUUCCUAUUAUCUUGGGAAGACCCUUUUCAGCCACCGCUAGAACCUUGAUUGAUGUGGAAAAAGGUGAACUUACUAUGCAGGCUAAUGAUGAGCAUGUCACUUUCAAUAUGCACAAGUUAAUGAAGUCUCCCAAUGAGGUUGAGCAAUGCUUCUUUGUUGAUUUACUUAAGUGGUACAAAAAGAGUUUGACAGGACAUGUAUUAAUGACCCCGUUGAAGCUGUGUUGUUGUGGGUUGAAGUAG